ACUCCGCCGGAAGUCCCCCCCUCUUAUUUUGAAGGGCACUUCCUGUUGCGGGUCCAGAGACUUCGUCCAUUAACCAACCGAAAGAAAGGACGUCAACGUUUAACGUUUUACGGUAACGUGAACCGGGAGCGCGUGCUCGAGCUUGUUUUCAUCGAUUCAAGUCGAGUUUCAUUGAUUUGCUCAUCGAGUUGUUGUCGUGUUCGUGUGUGCGGCACUUCGGCUAGCUACGAGCUAACAGGCUAACGAACGCUCCUGACGACAACAACAACAACAACAACAACAACAACAACAAGUGGGCUCCUUUCUCCGUGUAGUAGUGACCCGGGUCUGAACCGGAGCGCCUCGUGUGUGAGUCGACUUGUCUUCGGGACCUGGUCCACAUGGGUCCGGGCUCCAGGUGAACCCGGUGUCUCUACAGCACGCACAUGCAGGAGCCGCUAGCAGCCAGUCCCGGUUCGUCUGAGCCGGACAGUCCCGGAGGUCUGAACCGAGGCUGCCUCGUGGACCCGGCGGACGUCCUCUACCAUGAUCUCUCCGUCAUGGUCCCAGAGACCCCCAGUCCUCUGCUCGGCAAGCGGCGGCGAGGUGGUCUCAUCCCGGAGGAAGCGCUCGGCCCCCUUUCCUCCGUUGGCUCUCCGAAGCGUCCGGACUCGUCCCACCGGUCCAAGCGGCGGCGUCUGUCGGCGGCGCCGGGCGAGCAGAGCGCCGCCUUUGUUCCCGCCUCGUCUCUCCGGGCGUUUCCUCUGGGCGGCUGGUUCGGGGCGCCGCUGUCCACCACGUCCUGCUCCUCCUCCUCCUCCUCCUCCUCCUCCUCCUCCUCCUGCCUCACGCCCAUAUCCGAGGAGGAGGUGGAGGCGGCGGGCUCCGCGGUAGAAGACCGGCGAGCUCUUCUCCGCCGCAGGACGACUUCGCCGUCCUCCUCCUCUCUGUCCUUCCUGACGGAGGAGGAGAGGAGGUGGCUGACCGGAGAGCAGGGAGACACCUCCUCAGCUCCAGAGGAGAUCGUCAUCAGUGACGAUGAGGAGGCUGUGGUUCGCUCGGCUCAGGAGGAGGAAGAUGAAACGCUGGCUCGAAGUCUUCAGGCCCAGUUUGACCACGAGGAGUCUCACAGCAGACACCACCACCAUCAUCAUCUUCAUCAGCAGCAUCAGCACCAUCUUCUCCACCAGCAGAGUCACCACAUGUUCCAGCCCUACAUGGAGCCCAGCUGGAUGCCUCACCUCCUGGCUGCCGUCUCUCCUCUGGUCCACUUUGACAACGAUCUGAUUGGUCGAAACAGAAGACGUGGGCGUGUCAGGAGGAGGAACGCUGAGCCGGAGCUUUCAGAAGACCUCCAGGGGAACGACUACGAGGCGCUCCUGGCCUUCGAGGCCCGGCAGGGCUCCGUCGUGUCCAGGAAGUUGACCCGGAGGGAGAUCCAGAGGUUUCCCACCAAAACAUUCCAGUCGGCGAGCAGCGCCGAGAACACUCAGUGUCAGAUCUGUUUCUGUGACUACACCGAUGGGGAGAAGCUGAGGAUGCUGCCCUGUUUCCACGACUACCACGUCCAGUGCAUCGACCGGUGGCUGAAGGAGAACCCCACCUGUCCCAUCUGCAGAGCCAACCUGGCUGACCCCGCCCCCUCUGACCUCUGACCUCUGCUGUUCAUGAAGGACGACUCGUCUUGUUUUUUAUUCUUUUUCAUUUGAUCUUUUGGGAACGAAACAAUUAAACCUGCUGCUGUUAUUUGUUGUAUGAAUUUAAAAUAAACACAUUUGUCUCUUUCUCCGAA